AUGUCCAGGAGGGAUGCAGUUCCUGCUUUUGAACAUUAUGGUUGUAAGCUAGGAAGAGACAAUAUCAAGGGAUACAUUAAAAAAGGAGAUAUUGUCCUUGGUGGAACCUUUCCAGUCCAUGAUAUAAGAGAAGCUCCUGUUAUAUUCUAUACAGAGGAGCCACAAUAUUUGCCUUGUGAGACGUUUUACUUAAAUAUUUAUCAGCUUAUCCAAGCCAUGAUUUUUGCAAUUAGUGAAGUUAAUGACAACCCUCACAUUUUGCCCAAUGUCUCGAUAGGAUUUUGGAUCUAUGAUACAUGUGACACUGUUGCUGGAGCAUUAGAGGGCACAAUGUUGAUACUGUCAGGUCAGGAAAAGCUCGUCCCAAACUUUAACUGCCAUGUGUCACAGCCAGUUGUGGCUAUCCUUGGUGAUGACAAGUCACAGAUGUCUAUUCCCAUGGCAAGGCUGUUAGGUCUCCACAAGCUUCCACAGAUCAGCUAUGCUGCAACAGUGUCUGCACUGAGUGACAAGUAUCAGUUCCCAUCGUUUCUUAGGACUGCUCCAAGUGAUCACUUUCAGUCAGUUGGCCUUGCCAGGCUGGUUAUACACUUUGGUUGGACAUGGGUAGGAAUUUUACUGGAGAAUUCUGACUAUGGAGAAAUGGGAGGUCAAAUCCUAAGAGAGAAGAUCAUCAAAGCAGGUGGAUGCGUUGAGUUUUAUGAACUUAUUCCUCUUGUUUAUUCAUAUAUAAAGAUUCAAAAUAUCAUUGAAGUAAUUAAAAAAUCAUCAGCAGAUGUCAUUGUUAUAUUCUCCUCACAUGAAAGCCUACUUCCUGUUAUGGAAGAAAUUGUAAAACAUGGAAUAAGUGGAAAGGUAUGGAUUGCCAGUGAGGCAUGGUCUGAUUCUCCUUUUUUCUCAAACAGAAAAUUUCUAAACACCCUUCAGGGUACAUUGGGCUUCUCAAUCCGGAGGGGUCAAAUGCCCAGGUUUAGGGAUUUUCUUUAUGGCAUCCAUCCAUCAAAGCUUCCAGCAGAUAUAUUUGUUAAAACAUUUUGGGAGCAAGUCUUUGGAUGCAUAUGGUUAGAUAAUAACACUGAGCACAUGACUCAGAAUGUGAGUGGACAAGGUUCAUAUUGCUCAGGACAAGAAAGGCUUCAAGAUACAAAUAUCCGUUUCUUUCAGCUGACAGACUUAAGAUUCACUUACAAUGUGUAUAAUGCUGUGUUCAUUACUGUACAUGCUUUACAUAAUAUGUUAUCAUGCAAACCAGGAGAAGGUCCUUUUAUGAAUGGAACAUGUGGAAAGAUUGAUAAGUUUAAGCCAUGGCAGUUACUGCACUACAUAACAAGAGUGCAUUUCAAAGACACCAUGGGGGACACAGUGGUCUUUGAUGAGAAUGGAGACCCUCCUGCAAUCUAUGACAUCAUUAACUGGCAGGUGAAUACUGACGACACCUUUAGUUACAUAGAAGUGGGGAGAUUCAACUCCAUGGCACCAAAAGGGCAGGAUCUCAUAAUCAACAUGAGCAGAAUUCUCUGGAAUGAAGCAUUUCCCCAGAUUCCCUCCUCUGUCUGCAGUGAAAAAUGUCUUCCUGGAUAUAGAAAAGCCCCUCAACUGGGGCAACCAAUAUGUUGUUUUGACUGCAUCCCUUGCUCCGAAGGAAGUAUGUCUAAUGAAAGCGAUUCUCUGGAUUGCCUUCAAUGCCCAGAAGAUCAGUGGACUGAUGUACAUCAAGCAAACUGUAUAUAUAAAACACUAGAGUUCCUAUCUUAUGAUGACAUCUUAGGAGCAGUUUUAGCUACCGUGUCCCUGGGUGCAGCUCUUUUUACUACUGCAAUCCUAUUUAUUUUUAUUAGGCAUCAUAAAACACCUAUUGUAAAAGCCAACAACAGUGAAUUAAGUUACUUUCUCCUUGUGUCUCUGUUACUGUGUUUCUUUUGUCCACUGAUUUUUAUUGGAUACCCUACUAACCUAACAUGUAUUCUUAGACAGAUGGCAUUCGGAUUAAUAAUUGCUUUUUGUGUUUCAUGUGUUUUAGCAAAAACAGUUAUGGUUGUCAUUGCAUUCAAUGCUACUAAACCAAACAGCAGCUUAAGAAAACUUGUCGGAUCCAAAUUAUCAUACAGUAUCAUAAUUGCAUGUACCUCUUUGCAGCUGAUUGUGUGCAUCAUUUGGCUAAAUAUGUGUCCUCCAUUUUCUGUGCAAAAUUUUAGAACUCGUACUGGAAAGAUCAUUGUUGAAUGCAAUGAUGGUUCAACAACUGCUUUCUGGUGUAUGUUAGGGUACAUGGGAAUCUUAGCUAGUGUAAGUUUUCUUGUAGCAUUCUUGUCUAGGAACUUGCCAGACAGCUUCAAUGAAGCCAAGUACAUCACAUUUAGCAUGAUUGUAUUUGUCAGUGUGUGGUUAUCAUUUAUCCCAACAUAUGUUAGUACAACUGGAAAAUAUAUGGUUGCAGUUGAGAUAUUUGCCAUAGUGUCAUCUGGUAUUGGCUUGCUUUCUUGUAUUUUUUUUCCUAAAUGCUAUAUUAUUCUACUAAGACCACACUUGAAUACUAGGGAACACCUUAUGGGUAAAGGCAUUCAAAAAAACUGA